AGUGGCGCCCGCAGCACUGCUCUCCAGCUAGCAGUCUCUUUCUCUUUCUCUUGCUCCCCUCCCUCCCAAUGCCCAUAUAUCUUGCUAGAAAAACUGCCGCGAUAGCGACGUUGGGGCCGCAUUUCUCUUUCACACUUCGAUCGAAGUAGACGUGUCUCUGCCCUAUCGUGAUCGCGUGUUGUUGUUGUUCGUCUUCCUCAUCGCCGAUCCAUCGUAUCCGCAUUAUCCACCCACACCCUGCGCCCCCCCCAAAGAGUGAUAUCUGUGGAAUCAAAAGCCAUGUUGAAGUCCAUUCUCGUUUUGUCGUGCCUCCUGGUGGCCAGCAGCAGCCUCGUCCGCGGCGAGGAUCUGAAGGUGGAGGUGAUCAGCACCCCGGAGGUCUGUGAUCAGAAGUCCAAGAAUGGCGACUCCCUCACGAUGCACUACACCGGCACCCUGCAGGCCGAUGGCAAGAAGUUCGACUCGAGCUUCGACCGCGACCAGCCCUUCACAUUCCAAUUGGGAGCCGGCCAGGUGAUUAAAGGAUGGGACCAGGGACUCCUCAACAUGUGCGUGGGUGAGAAGCGCAAACUGACCAUUCCUCCCCAGCUGGGCUAUGGGGAUCAGGGUGCCGGGAAUGUGAUCCCGCCCAAGGCCACCCUUCUGUUCGACGUGGAGCUGAUCAACAUCGGCAAUGCCCCCCCAACCACCAAUGUCUUCAAGGAGAUCGACGAGAACGCCGACAAGCAGCUGAGUCGCGAAGAGGUCAGUGAAUAUUUGAAGAAACAGAUGACUGCUGUGGAGGGCCAGGACUCGGAUGAGCUGAAGAACAUGCUGGCCGAGAACGACAAGCUGGUGGAGGAGAUCUUCCAGCACGAGGACAAGGACAAGAACGGCUUCAUCUCCCAUGAUGAGUUCUCCGGACCCAAGCACGACGAGCUGUAGGGCGCUGGAUAGGAGUUCUGGAAGAAGGGACACGAGUGCUUAAGUUAUAAAAAAAUAAAAUCAACACAAAAAAUAAAAAUAUAUAUAUACACAAACUAAGAAAUAUAUAUAGAAGAGAAGGAGCGCGACUGAUGCUUUUCGAUGUCAUUUUGUAUAUAACAUAUAUAGCCAGCAUCUAUCCCUAGGUUCUAGGCGUAGUUUAAAAUAAUAUACAAUCUGGAAGAGAACGAACAUCAUUUUUAUAUACAUUUAUAGGUUGUUAUAUUCAAGUUGUGACUAAUUUUGUGCUUGGCGUCGUAAAGAUAAUGUUCAUAUCAUAUUUUAUAAAAAAAUACGUGAAAACACUCCACACACCUCGACAAGAAAUUCAAUAAAGAAUGGCUACACACCUGUCAUGUAAUUUAACAACAAAAA